AUGGAUGCUGAAACUCUGCGUACCGUAUUUGAAGCCCAAACCAAGGUACAGCAGCAAAUGUUCACCGAGCUGAUGAAGCGUAUGGAAAGGAUGGUCCGCUUCAAGCUCAGCCAGUCCAGCAGCACCCGCCACGGUCGAAUUCGUCACGAAUUCUCUAUGAACACGCUUCCCGGAGUUCGUGUGCCAUCUGGACAAUGGUUGUAA